UUGCGAGUGAGCCAUCCUGGUGACGUCGGCGACGGCGGCGUCCUGUCCAUGUACGACGACCUCAUUUGGAAUCACCACAGGGACGACGACCGUGCUAACACCUACUUCAAUCAGGCCGUCCAGUCUUCCCCCAGCGACUGGCAUUUCAUGCGGCUUGAUAUCAACAAAGAUCUACUUACAGCAAUGGCAGAGCGAUGGUGCCCCGAAGUGCAUACCUUCCACUUUCCCGAGGGGGAAAUGACGAUCACCCUUAGAGAUGUUGCCAUCCUCACCGGGCUGCCGGUCACUGGAGAGGCCAUCAUCGGCAACUCAAGUAAACCCGAAGGUGAUUGGGGGCCGUUGAUUCUCGAGCGUUUGGGGUUGAACAUGCCGACCACAACGCCCGUUCAAGGGGUUGGGCAUCAAUCCCGUGGCUUAUUGAACACAUCCAACAGGAGGUUAAUUUAG